CAGGUCGGUGGGCAAAAGUCCACCCAGCAGCCAACGCCCGAACGCUCUACGAUACGCCUACAUGCUCGCUAGCGGCUUAUAAAAAGUAGCUACACUUCCAGACACAAGACUCGGGUCGUCCGCUCCACGGCGGCGCUCCACAUCGGUUUGCUUCAUCGACGAGUACUUUCCUUAGGCUUGUUGUCGCUGUGCAAUGCACAUUUGGUCCUGCAAAAGACGCUCAGAGAUUUCAAGAGCACAAUGGGAAGAAGACUUCGCGGGAAAGUUGCUCGAAGUGAAGAGACAUACCUGGACGAGGAGCAACAAGUGGAGAUCCUCUGCGAUCUAGAGCGUCAAGCAGACUCAAAGGGAUUUCGAUACAUCACACUGGCCCUGAUUUUCAUCAUCAGCCUUCUUUUGGCGUUCCUUGCCACUUCAGCGACGAUUGCCUUGACGAUGCUAUCCCUCAGUAGCCUGGCGCUUACUGCUUUUAAAGUGUCCCGACCAAAUGAAUGCAACGGUCCCUUGUCACGAUGGUCCACUCUGCUCAAUGCUCUACUCAAUGUUGCAAUUGUGCUUUCGAAGUUACGUGGCAGUGCAUACGUGUGGAUGGACGUGCACGUCAUGCCGACGUUCAUUGUUUUUCUUGCAGGGGUACUACAACAUGGCUCGGAGCAGGCAAAAGCAUCCCUUGAAGAUCUUCAGAGACAACGCUAUAAAUUGAAGGGUGUGUAGAUUUACCCGUCCCUUCCAGUCUGCAAGGAAGUAGUCUGCUGUAAUGGUCCUGGUGCAGCUCCAGAUGUCAUGUACAAUCCGAGCGGCCUUCAAUACCCAAGCUUUGUAAGAAGCUGAUCAACUACACAUCCAAUUGUCGUAGCGGAUCAAAUACACAGCCACUCGUCGUAGCGGACCAGGCCUGCAAGUCAUGAGAAAGUCUCGCUGGCUUUACUGUGAUACUGUAUACACGCUCCAUCUGAACACAACCCCCAGUUGACGACGUCGAUACUCAGUCAAUAGCACAGCUGAGCAACAUCGCAUCGGAAACAACGUUGCAGCACGAUGGCUAGUCGGGGAACGCGGAGC